GUGCGUUCCAGCGAGUUCUCCGUGCCAGGUUCUUGCUUUUCCAAACCCAGAAGACAGUGCCCGAAGCCAGGGGACACCAGCCAUGCUCCAAACAACUUGGCCUCAGGGUUUUGUGUGGACAUAGACUUUCAGCUCGUUUGGGAAGACACCAAGGACGUGAUCGCUGGAGCAUAUGGAGUCCGUGACCUUUGAGGACGUGGCUGUGUACUUCACCCAGAAUCAAUGGGCCAGCCUGGACCCUGUGCAGAGGGCCCUGUACAGGGAGGUGAUGCUGGAGAACUAUGCAAAUGUGGCCGCCCUGGUAGCAUUUCCAGCCCCCAAGCCGGAUCUGAUCUCCCAGCUGGAGAGCGGGAGCGCAGCCUGGGGCCCCGAUCCUUGGGAAGCAGAGGUUUUGCGAGGCAUCUGUCCGGGUGAUGAGUCCUGGAUCAAGGAUGAAGAGCCUGCCGUAAAGCAGGAAGCCUCUGGAGAAACAGAGCGGCUCAGAGUGCCGGGAGGUGGGCUCCGAAAUGUUUCUCGGCACCUUGAUUUUAAAAGCAGGGCCACGUGGCCAACUUUCAGCCUGAAUCCGAAUCUGAUACUUCGAGGGGGAAUGAAGUUCUACGAGUGCAAAGAAUGUGGGAAAAUCUUCCGGUACAACUCAAGGCUCCUUCGGCACCAGAUGAGCCACACCGGGGAGAAACCCUUCAAAUGUAAGGAAUGUAGCAAAGCUUUCAAGUCCAGCUAUGACUGUAUCAUACACGAGAAGAAUCACGUUGGGGAAGGGCCCUAUGAAUGCAAGGAGUGUGGCAAGGGUUUGAGUUCCAACACCGCCUUGACUCAGCAUCAGAGGAUCCACACUGGGGAGAAGCCCUACAAAUGCAAGGAGUGCGGCAAGGCCUUCCGCAGGAGCGCCGCCUGCCUGCAGCAUCAGCGAUUACACACGGGGGAGAAACUCUAUGAGUGCAAGCAGUGCUGGAAAGCCUUUGGCUGUAGGUCAGUUUUCAUUGUCCACCAGAGGAUUCAUACUGGGGAGAAGCCCUACCAGUGUCAGGAGUGUGGCAAGGCGUUCACACAGAAGAUAGCCUCCGUUCAGCACCAGCGAGUGCACACGGGAGAGAGACCGUACGAGUGUAAGGUGUGUGGGAAGGCCUUCAGAUGGUACGGCAGUUUUGUUCAGCACCAGAAACUGCACCCCGUGGAGAAAAAGCCCGUCCCGACGAGUCCCCAGGGCGCCUCUUUGGCCCUGUCGCCGGGUCCUCUCCAGAGCCCGCGCGUGGCUCCCCCCGUGGCCACGCCCUCGCUGACCUUUCCGCAGGCUGUGCUCCUUCCUACCUCUGGGCCUUGGUUCAUGCUGCUGCCCACAUCUGGAAUGCCUUCGCCACCUGUCCAGAUGGUGCAAGUCUUCCAGGCCCUUGCUCCCAUCGUCAAGCCUUCCCCAGUUCAUCUCUCCUCUCGCGAGCUUCAUCUUGCCACGCCCGCGGCUCUCACGCCCAGCAAACCUCCGACCUAAUUUGAGUUUCAUUUGUAUUUUAUCCCUCACCUUACACGUGUUUCAACUGUUUCAGC